AUGAAUCUGGUAGUCGUCGUAGGAAUACUAUCAUGGCCAGGCUCCAAAAUAAUUAAAAAAAAAACCAGGAAAACAUCUGGAUCGCCGGCCAUCGCAUCGCCAGGCUACCUAGAGGAGAGGUUGUCCGAAGCUACGGGUGCAACGUCAGCACAUCGUCGGCAUUGUGUCCCGCGGUCAAGACUUAGCCUCGCAGCUCGAACUAGACACCAACCUCGACCUACGCAGCCCGGUGAGAUGGCGCCGGACUUGGAGAAGGGAGAAGGCGCCGGCACGGGCAACAACACCGCCAAUGCCGUGCUGGAUGAGAAAAAAAAGCCAGAUGUCGACCCUCAGCAGCAGGACGCGUCCGAGGUCAGCUCCAAGGAACAGAAGCAAGGGGACCAAGCAAAUAAUGGUCUUGCCAAACAAACGUCCAAAACCGAGGCGGAAUCUCGAACCCUACAGAAGGUCCCGAGAUCGCAGCGUCGAGGUCUCUUUGCGAGCCUCGCCAUCAUUCCCGAGGUUACCAAUCCGCAUAACUACGGUAAUGUAACUAAAUGGUGGAUGACGAUUAUUGUCAGCUUUGCCGCCAUCACCUCAUCGACCGGCUCUUCCAUCUUCUAUCCUGCUCUGGCCGAGGUUGCCGUUGAUCUCAAGACUACGCCCACCGUAACCAACCUAUCGCUAGCCUUCUACAUGCUCGCAAUGGCCUUUACUCCGCUGUGGUGGUCUUCUUUCUCGGAGAAACACGGACGGCGGACAGUCUAUCUCUGGUCCUUCUUGCUCUUCCUGAUCUUCUCGUGCCUGAGUGCGGUCAGCGUCAACAUCGCCAUGCUCAUCAUCUUCCGUGUUCUGAGUGGAGGGGCAGCGGCGUCGGUCCAGGCCGUCGGCGCGGGCACCGUCUCCGACAUCUGGGAGCCCAAAGUCAGAGGUCGCGCCAUGGGGGUAUUCUAUCUGGGGCCUCUCUGUGGACCCGGACUGGCGCCAAUCAUUGGAGGAGCUCUGACGCAAGGGUUUGGCUGGCGAAGCACGCUGUGGUUCCUGACCAUCUUCGGCGGGGUCUUGCUGAUCCUGAUCCUCCUGUGCCUCCCCGAAACGGUGGCCAGGCGCGACUCUCCGCCGGCGCCGCCCGCCGAGACGAGCAAGGCCGUCGAAUUCGUCAAACGCAUCGUCAACCCCUUCAAGGUGCUGGCCAUGCUGCGCCACCCGCCAAUCAUCGUGGCGCUGUGGUCGGCGGCGAUCUCGUUCGGGUCAAUGUUCGUGCUCAACGUGUCGAUCCAGGCCGAAUUCGCCAAGCCUCCGUACAACUUCACGGUGAUGCAGGUGGGACUGCUCUAUCUGGCGCCCACGCUGGGGUCGGCGGUGUCGUCGCUGCUGGGCGGGCGGUGGAUCGACUACAUCAUGGCGCGCGAGGCGCGCAAGGCCGGCCGGUACGACGAAAACGGCAAGCUCAAGUACCUGCCCGAGGAUCGCAUGAAGGAGAACAUCUGGCUGGCGGCGUCGCUGUACCCGGCGGGCUUGAUAUGGUAUGGCUGGACGGUUGACAAGGGACUGCACUGGGCGGUGCCCUGCGCCGCCUCCCUUGUCUUUGGCCUCGGUGUGAUGCUAGUCAUGGGCACCGUUACCACCAUGCUGACCGAGUUCACGCCCAGGCGGUCCUCGAGCGGCGUCGCCCUCAACAACUUUGUGCGCAACAUCCUCUCGUGCACCGGCGCGGUCAUCACCCAGCCGCUCAUCGACGGCAUCGGCGCCGGCUGGAUGUGCACCAUUGUCGGCCUGUUCGCUUUGGUGACAGGGAACGCGGCUGUAUUGGCCCUAAAGACCUGGGGUCCACAGUGGCGCGUGACGAUGGACAAGAAGUUGAAUAGUUGA